CUGAGCCUAUAUCUGUUGGUUUUAUUUCACUCUUUUCAAGGGUUCCCAGUCACACCGUUGCCAUGGCGUCACGGAAGAAGGUCCUCCUCAAGGUGAUCAUUCUCGGUGACAGCGGUGUCGGAAAGACCAGUUUGAUGAACCAAUAUGUCAACAAGAAGUUCAGUGGAAGCUACAAGGCCACUAUUGGAGCUGAUUUCCUGACCAAAGAAGUCCUCGUCGAUGACCGACUAGUGACCAUGCAGAUUUGGGACACUGCCGGCCAAGAGCGGUUUCAAUCAUUGGGCGUUGCCUUCUACCGGGGAGCCGACUGCUGUGUCCUGGUCUACGACGUCAACAACUCCAAGAGUUUCGAGGCACUCGACAGCUGGCGGGACGAGUUCCUGAUCCAGGCUAGCCCUCGUGAUCCCGAAAAUUUCCCAUUUGUGGUGAUCGGCAAUAAGAUCGACGUGGAGGAGAACAAGCGCAUGAUUUCCGGGAAACGGGCCAUGACAUUCUGUCAGUCCAAGGGCAACAUUCCCUACUUUGAGACCAGUGCCAAGGAGGCCGUCAACGUUGAGCAGGCUUUCGAAGUCAUUGCCCGGAGUGCCCUCGCACAGGAAGAGGCCGAGGAGUUCAGUGGCGAAUUCAGUGACCCGAUCAACAUCCAUCUGGACAAUGAGCGCGAUGGCUGUGCCUGUUGAUACCCUUGCCCGAUACUCAUGACGUUUCAGCGAUAUCCUCUUUUCUCUGUUUCCUUUUUAUGUCAUACCGUUGCUGGUGCUUCUCGGUUUCCGAAGGUUUCCGCUUGUAGAGAAGGUCAUUGGU